AUGCCGCCUUCGUUAGAAUCCUUACCGGAGGAGGUCAUCUGUAACAUCGGAGCCCGACUCGAUGUUUCAGACCUCCUUUCACUUCGGCUCACCUCGCACACUAUGGGCAACAAGUCAGAGUUCGCAUUGAAGACACAUCACAACAUUACUCACAGAUGGCACCUCUUUAACUUUGAAGAGCUCUUGAGGCUCCAAAAGUUGUCCGAGCACCCACUGUUCUCACAGCGCAUUACACAUCUACGAUUCGAUGCUUCCGAUUACGUCUAUGAUGGCGACGAUAUUCGCGAUAUGGAGAAUUGCAUGCUCAUGGCGAAAGACGAGGCUCUCUACAAGCAGACCAGCAUGCAUACAGAUCUGUUGACCUCAAUACUAAGCAACUUGAGAAGUCUCAAAUCCAUUGGCUUAUCUGAUGACGAAGAUUCAGAUUAUGGGACACGGCACAGGAGAAUGAGGCCCGUCUGGAGUUCCUGGCGGUUAUGCGCAUUACUCACCGCGUUGAAAGCAUCUGACUCCAAGCUUGAUACACUAGGUCUAUAUGAUGGAUUGAGAUUUACGGCUUGGAAUCCUGAAGGUACUGAAGAGCCCUCUAAAUGGUAUCUUCAGGGCCUCGAAAACGUACGGUCCCUCUCAUUAACGGCCCAUUACGAGCCAAGCGGUCUUGACGGCAGCGAUCGUGGCGCCACCCAGGAACAUGUUGCCUUCAACCAUUUCUCGGAUAUCCUUUCGGCUGCCAAGAACAUUAAUGAACUCCUAUUGUCCUACAAGUGCUUCUCUCCCCACAUUUCCGAGCGUUUCGACAAGAACUUAGACACUAUGGAACAUCUUUCAGGGCUCUCUUCGCUCUGCUUAGUAGGUUUGGAGGGUCGACAUGAUGACUUUAAAAUAACGGAACAAACUCUAUGUUCCAUCUUACGCAAGCUGAAGACUAGCCUCAUCUCUCUGGAGCUUACAACAUGCCGCCUCAGAUACCGUGGCUGGCUCAAUGUUUUUGACUUGAUUAAGAACCAGAUGAGCUUGCAGAGACUUAUAUUCCGGGACAACGCCUUCAAUAGCAGCACCGAUCGCAGCUGGUUUGGUUUUAUGGCCGUCUGCUUCGACUGGCCAGGUGCCACUUGGAGUGGAGAGGAUUGCAUCUGCCUUCAUGAGAGCAUUGAUCCCGCAAUGGAAGACUGGGAUUGGACCAUUGUGCACUGGAUUCAGCCUAUAUCUAAAGGUGAUGACAUAGAGGAACUCGUGAAAGAAAAAGGUGUCGACAAGGUGUUGGACGACAUGAUUGCCGGGUACGUAGAAGUGCCGUGGAAUCCUCAUCAAGAAUACAUACCGCAGAAGUGGCGCACAGUAGCUAGCUACAAGACUAGAUUGGGCGGUGGAUUCGAUAGGUCCUAA